UGUUGGUUGCAAGAUGGCAGCGGCUUUGCAGAUGUUUUUAUUCCUGUUUAAGUCGAAAUAUCGCCGAAAAUGUGUUUUUACGAGUGGAGUGUUUAGUAUGAUUGUAGUGUACUCAAGUGUAUUUAAUUUAGCUUCGAGUACAAACUGUACUGGUGCACAGUGUGUGAACGGGGAAUGUGUGAAUGGCACAGGUUGUGUUUGUUUUGAUGGGUGGCAAGGACCUUCCUGUCAAUUUUGUGGAGGAAAAGUGCGAUUACCAGACACAUCAGGUCAUAUACAUGAUGGUCAUGGAAAUUACUCAAUUGAUGUGAAAUGUAGUUGGCUUGUAGAUGCAGGUGGUAUACCCAAUACCACAAUCCGAUUGCAUCUCGAGGAGUUUGCCACUGAAUGCGGCUGGGAUCAUUUGUAUAUAUUUGAUGGCGACAGUGUCGAUGCGCCCUUGCUUGCUGUGUUCAGUGGUCUUAUGUACAAAGAUGGUUAUACCAUCAGAAAAAUUCCAGAAGUGGUAGCAAAGUCUGGUUCAGCUUUAUUGCAUUUUUACAGUGAUGUUGCGUACAACAUGACAGGAUUCAAUAUUUCCUAUAGAUUUAACUCCUGUCCUAGCAGAUCUUCUGCAGUGAAUUGCUCAGGACACGGUAUUUGUAUAGAUGGAGUGUGUACAUGUGAUGCAAGCUAUAUGGGUGAGGCAUGCCACAUAGAAGUUUGCCCAGGAAAUUGCGGGGACAAUGGGGAGUGCAACAUGGAGUCUCACCGUUGUGACUGUCACCGUGGCUUCAAGGGUGAUGACUGCAGUCAGUGGGAAGCAACAGGCUACUGGGAAGUAGUACAACCCAAAGAUUUUGUCCCUGUGGGUUCUGCCUCGCAUGGAGCAGUUGUUUGGAGAGAUUCAUUGUACAUAAUUGGUGGUGAAUCAUUUCAUCGUGCUGAAAUGAUAUACGUUUAUGACUUCAAUGGUAAUGUGUGGGAAACACAUCACAUGGACAGCAAGAAUGUUCCACAGCCACGUUACGGCCAUUCUGCUGUUCUUUUUGGGGAUAAAAUUUAUGUAUAUGGUGGUGUUGAAGAAAGUGGAACAAUUUCUGCAGAACUUUGGGCAUUUGAUGUAAAUGCCAAAACAUGGGAAAACAUAACAGUUCGUGCAGAGCACUGUAAUGCUACUGCUCCAAAUGGUUCUAUGCUGUGUGGUCCUCUCAGGUCCGCAGGCCAUACAGCUACCAUAGUGACAGGACGUGGUGGAAAGUCAGAGAGGAUGAUUGUUAUUUUUGGUUAUUCUCCUCAUUACGGGUACCUGAACACUGUCCAAGAAUACCAUUUUGGAACACGGGAGUGGAUUAUUGUUCGGACUGUUGGCUAUCCAGUAAAUGGAGGCUAUGGACACAGCAGUGCUCUAGAUCCCCUUACUAAUUACAUUUAUGUGUAUGGUGGUUUUGUGUCUGAAAGUUCAGCUCAAUCAGUUCUGACCAACCGAAUGUACUCGUACAAUCCAAACACCCAUAAAUGGUUACGACUGGCAGAUGCUCCAUCAGCUCGGUUCCUGCAUACUGCAACUUUCGUUUCUUCUGGCCUUAUGUUGGUGUUUGGUGGAAAUACUCACAACGAUACAGCUCAUAGUCAUGGUGCUCGUUGUUAUUCUGCUGACCUGCUUGUUUAUGAUGUUCUGUGUAACCAUUGGGAUAUCUCGGAUGCACCUCACCUACUGCGUGCAGAUCUUGCAAGAUUUGGGCAUUCUGCUGUCACAUUUGAGGGUGCACUCUAUCUGUAUGGUGGUUUUGAUGGACAGAUGCUCUCUGAUAUGAUGAGGUUUGUACCAGGAAAAUGUGAAAGUCUGACCAAUGACACUAUGUGCGAAUCAAUAAGGUUUGGAGUGAAAUGUUUGUGGAUACCCCAUGCAAACAAAUGUGUUUCUCUGUCUGCAGAUAAUUUAAUUAAUUUUAAAAAUUACAGUCUGUGCAAGGAAACUACCCAGAGUAGCUGCAGUGACUGUCAGGACUGUACCUCAUGCUCAAAUACUUUUGGGUGUGAAUGGUCUAAUGAGAGUAGUUCAUGUUUACUUAGAGAUGCAGAUAGAAAAAUGCAGGUUUUACCAGCAGAUCGUUGUCCCAACCGUGAACUUGCAGAAUGUAAUCAGCUGCAUAACUGCCAGGCCUGCACUAGUAACACUCAUUGCCACUGGACUUACGAGGUGCCAUGCAAAGCAGUGGGAAAUGUUUCUGUUGUAGAACCACAGGAGUCUGUGCCAUGUGGAAGUGUCUGUGCCGAACUGACAUCCUGUUACAACUGCACUCAGGAAGAAUGCAUUUGGUGUCAGAAUGAGGGAAGAUGUGUUGAUAAAAAUGCCUACAGUGUGUCUUUUCCAUAUGGCCAAUGCCGUGAGUGGACAACACAGCAGAGUCGCUGUCGCUCACCAGUUGCUGGAAAAUCUUCUUGCAGCUUCUUCGCCACAUGUGCAGAUUGUCGAGAAGAUCCAGCUUGUGGAUGGUGUGAUGAUGGUUCAGGUACAGGUCUAGGGGUGUGCCUUCCUGGUGGAAAUCUGAGACCAGCACAAGACUUCCCUUGCCCUUCCAGCCUCUGGUACUUCACACAGUGCCCAACUUGUCAGUGUAAUGGCCAUAGCACCUGUGCAAAUGGAACAAGUCUUUGCAAUCAACCUUGUGCCAACCUUACACGUGGUCCCCACUGUGAGCAAUGUGUGCAUGGCUAUUAUGGAAAUCCAGUUAAUGGAGGAAAAUGCAGUCCCUGUGAAUGUAAUGAUCAGGGCACUGAAUGCCAUCCAGACACAGGAAAGUGUUUUUGCACAACAAAAGGCAUUGUCGGUGACCACUGUGAGCGGUGUGAUGCUCAGAAUCAUUACCUCGGAGAUCCCACAAAUAAAGGCUCUUGUUUCUAUGAGCUCACAAUAGACUAUCAGUUCACUUUUAAUUUAUCAAAGAAGGAUGAUCGCCAUUAUACACAGAUUAAUUUUAGAAAUAGUCCACCAAAGUCGGAUGUGGAUGCUGAAUUUAGUAUUACUUGUUCAGUUCUAGCGAAGAUGAACCUCACCAUGAAGACUGCUAACAACGUAGAAAAGCCAAUACUGACCAAUCAUAAUUGUACAAGCUAUCGGUAUCGCUUCAACAAGGCUGAACACAAUUUUGGCACUUUGGAUAAUGUUACAUUGACUACUUUCUAUGUUUAUGUGUAUGAUUUUCGGCCACCAUUAUGGAUUCAGAUCUCCUUCUCACAGUAUCCAAAGCUGAAUUUGCAACAGUUCUUCAUCACAUUUUCAACGUGUUUUUUACUCUUACUUCUUGUAGCUGCUAUUCUCUGGAAGAUCAAGCAGAAGUAUGAUAUGUACAGAAGAAGACAGAGAUUGUUUGUGGAGAUGGAACAAAUGGCAAGCCGUCCUUUCUCCCAAGUACUAGUUGAGAUAGAACAACGGGAGAAGUUGGAAGAUUCCUCAGAGUCAAUAUCCACACUUAGGAAAAAGAAAAAGGAUUCACCAAGUCCCAUAGCACUUGAGCCUUGUUGUGGAAACAGAGCAGCAGUUUUGUCCCUGCUGGUCAGGCUUCCAACAGGUGGCGAAAUGUAUACGCCUCCAGGGCAGUCAGCUGGAUUAGCAGUUGCAUCGGCCCUGGUGACUCUUGGAAACCCAAGGAAAGUGAGCAUAGAUCCCACAGGAAAAACUGAAGCAAAGGCAAAAACUCGAAAAUCUCUUUCAAGUCAGCAUCCUGACAGCUGUAUAUAGCGUCAUAUCUUCAGCAGUCCCAAGUUGGCUAUUUCGUGAAGUUCUCAUUCAGCACUAAUGUGUGCAGAGUGAGCAAGCUGUGAUAGUGUAGCAUGCCACAAGAUUCUUGCUGUGUCAUUAGUUUAGCUGAUCGUGUGAAUCAACAAACUGGUGUCUAAUCCAAAGGAUUUCUUCUGUUUUCUACAAGACAGUGUGCUAGGUAUUAAGUUUUUUAAGAAAAAAAGGAAUCUAGUCAAAAGACUAAUGUUAAGUGUUCACUUACCAUCCUAUGUGCUGGUGCGUCCCCUUUUUGCAAUCCUCUCUCCCGGUGUUAUCUAAUGGACUGAUUAGUAACUUAACGUAUUAUUAUUCUUAUAAUUAUUUGCAUUUCCUGCAAAGCAUAAGACUUCCAUUCUCUUAAGAGAAAGUGAUAUCUUUUUAUAUAAUCUAAAUGUGAAAUUAAAAUAGGGAUAUCGAACUUGAGUAAAGGUAGAUGAAAGAACAAAUUUCAGUAAGUCAAAAGACAAUUAUAAAUGUUGUCAGCUGAAUACCUAUAGCUGCAGAGAUCAUUUCAGUAAUUAAUAAUGGAGAGGGAAGGUAAUUAUCCCUGGACAAGCUGGUCAGUAAUAAGAACUAAGUAUGGGCAUGAGACAUAGUGCAUCGUUUUGGUACAUGUGAUGACUGUCAGAGACAUUAAUACAGCACUCUAAAAAAAUUAACUGAACUCUUCAGUACAUCAUUCUAGGAACAACAAGAUUUGAGAGUGUAUUAAAGAGUACAACAAAAUUCCCACUCAAGGGGGAGGGUAGUGUAUAAUCAAAAAGAAAUAGGUCUAGAGAGAACAAUUUAAAAAGAAAUUAUGAAUAUUUUGUAUGUUAUACUGUGAGAAUGUGAUCUAUGAACAGUUAAAACAGGACAAAGACCUGAGGAAGGAUGUCGGACAGUUCUGAAUUUGUAGCUAGUCAUUUGUUGAAGAGAAACUGCCCAUAAGUAAUUUGAAAGAAUAUUGAAGUUGUGGACGUGGAAUACCAAACAAUCCUUGCACAUAUUAGGUGGUAAUAUUCUUUAGAUGAUACAGUUCUUGGUGAAGAGGAUGCUGAAACAGAAAUAUCACAUCUUCCAAAAUUCUUCUCAGACUUUUUGUAAAAUUUAACAUCAAUAACUGGGCAGGUGAAGGCUGUUAUAUAGCCUACUAUUAAAAAUGACAAAUUUCCUGUAAAACUUUCAUUAGCCAUAAUGAAAUUUGCUUUUCACUAAGUGUACACUUGCUUUUAAAGUGAUGUUAUUUGGUCACUUAUAAUAAGCGUACACAUUUAAAAUCUUAUGAAGUUAUGACUAACUUUGUGAUUGAUUCUGGCAGUAUUGAAAAUUUGCUUCAAAAUAAGCAGUCCAAGCUUGUAAAUUUCUGUUACUGUUUUUACUCAUGAUGAAAACCCCUUCAGUUAUGAUUCUGUGCUCUGACAUAGUAACAUACUUAUCUCCAGUAUAUAGACUCCAGUGAUGAAAUUAUCAUUUAGGGUAUAAGUUAACACUAAAAAGAUGUCCACAAGGGAGGGGAGCUGCCCACAGUCUUGUUCUUACACUCCAUUCACUUGUGCAGUCCAGAUUACAACAACAUUCAAUUAUAAAUUUAACAUUGACUGUCACAGUUUACCUGUUUGAGGAUUACACAGAAUGCAGUUUCCACUGCUGGUCCUUCUUUUAUAUAAAAUUGCCCCCCUAUUAAUAUUAUAGUGACAGAGCACCACUGGUUUGAUUGUGUCGUGAUUGUUACAAAAGCAUAUUCCCUUGUCACAUGCAUCCACUAUAGAGUUUAAUUGGAUGUUGUAGUAAUGUGUGCCAUUUGAGAUAACAGGUGUCUUAGUGUAUAUCCUCCAGUGGUAUUCUUGUACAGUCUUCAGUUCUCUUGAACGCCUGCCAGAUUUAAAAUUUUACAAAUAGUGUGUGACCACAGUUUUCUCUAUAGUAAGUCUAGCAGCUGUUGUAAACUUCUUAUGUCUCUUUUAUAACUGAUGCAUGCAUUGUGGAACCAAGCAGGGUAAUGCUCUAAUGAAGCAGUGACAUGUGUGAGAGAUACACAAUUUGAUCUGAGAUGAGUACAGUAACAUAGACCAGACCUUUGCCCACUGCCCCCAAUAGCUGAUAAAAUUAAAAUGACUGAAACCAAUAGAAUUGGGAUAACAUGCAAUGUAAUAUCAUACACAUACUAUCCUAUUAUGCCACAUUAGCCAGGAAGUUUUGAGACCAUGGAAUAACUAAAUGAAGCUUUUGUCAGUAGUAAAUAGUAGCAUUCAAUGUUCCAGUAGUAGUAAGUACUCAGUUUGUGAGGUAAAUGUACCAAAUACCUUUUGUUGUGUCAGUCAUCAGGGCAAAUCUUCAACAAGUGAACAGGGUCUAUGAGUAAAUGCUUUAGGAUUAUGUCCUUUACAGAAGGUGCAGACUUGAGAUGCUGGUUGAAGUAGAGCCUGCAGUUAAAGGGGCAGUUUCUGUAUAGAAGUUGAAAUGUUUCUGAUUGUUAUGGCAGUUGUAAUGAUAUGUUAUAACAAAAAGUUACUCAGUUAACAUUGCAUGUGAGUGCUGAUGUAUAGAGGCUCCAUAUAUCAAGAGUCUUUUGGGGAACAUACCACUGUGACUAGAGCAUGUACACUCAGGCAUUUUUUCUCUAAAAAAUUAUUCAUGUUAUUAUCCUUCAGGAUAUUGUGUCCCCAUAAAAACCUUGUGCUUACUUUCUCUGUCUUAUGUAAUGACGUGUCUCACUAUCAGAGCAAUGGUAUAAUUGGAUAUAUGUAUCCAUUAUAUAUGCAUAUACUACACAGCCACUUACUACUUCUCAUUGCCUGUUCCUGAUGGUAAAUAUAUGUAUACUGGUGUUAAGGAAGCUUGCACCAUGAACAGCAGAUAGUUGUGUGCUCCUUAGAAGUUCUUAGAAGUUUACAAAAACGAGUGAAAUUCGGUAUUUGUUCUCCAAUCACAUACGUGCUCUCCAGUGCCAGAACUAUCAAUAUUUGUUGCUCUAUGUAAGGUGCUGGGGCUCACUUUCAACUACUAAUGUCUUACAUAUCUUCUGAAGAUAUCUAACAAUAUUGUGAAAAGGAUAGUUGCUACUCACCAUAUAGCGGAGAUGUUGAGUCGCAGAUAGGCACAACAAAAAGACUCUUAAAAAAUGAGUUUUUGGCCAACAAGGCCUUCGUCAGAGAUAG